AUGAAUCUAUCUAUCUAUCUUCUCCUCUCUCAUACACACACUCAGUCAUUCUCAACACACACUCUGUCUAUCUCUCUGUCCCUUAUUCUCUCUCUCACACACACACAUUCCUCACUCAAUCAUUAUCACUCACUCUCUCUAUUUCACACACAUAUAAACACACUCUCUAUCACUCUAUCUCUCCUUACUCACUCACGCAAUCUCUCUUACUCUAUCUAUCUAUCUAUCUAUCUAUCUAUCUCACACACACACAAACACGCUCUCUCUCUCUCUCUCUCUCUCUCUAUCUAUCUAUCUAUCUAUCUAUCUAUCUAUCUAUCGAUCCAUCGAUCUCUCCCUUCUGUUUCACACACUCUCUCACACUCACUCUCUCACUCACUCUUUAUCUAUCUAUCUAUCUUUCACACACAAAUACUCUCUCUCUCUCUAUCUUUCUCCUUAUCUCUUACACACACACUCACUCCCGCACACACUCAAUCUCUCUCAACCACUCUCUCUCUCUCUGUAUCUAUCUAUCUAUCUAUCUAUCUAUCUAUCUAUCUAUCUAUCUAUCUAUCUCACACAGACAUUCUUUCUCUCCUUAUCUCCAAAAAGUCAUAA